AAAUGGGCACCAUCAGCAGGAAACAGAAAUUACAAAUAUGGUAGAUGAAGAGAAAUUAUUCACAAAUGAUUUCUCCAAUCUUAUCCUUAAAGUGGGAUAGGACAAGAAAGAACUUGGAAGGCAGGGAAGGCAAAGAAGCAGCCUCCAAGAAAUGCACCGCCAGCUUUAAAACGCUGGAUUGACCACCUCUCCGUGGACCGAAAAUCUUCUCAUUGCCUAUUUAAAAAUUCUCACAGACCUUACGUAUAAUUCAAUGCCAGCAGCCAAAAGCACGUAAGCUAGCCGCAGACGCAAAUUCCAAAUAAUAUAUAUAUAUAAUUAUCGUCUCUUCUGGAGUUCAGUUCUCCACCGAAACAAAGCAAACCCCAAUUCUUGGUUCAUUGUUGUAGUUAUCAUCUCCCUUUCUUGUUCCUCCUUCGUCUUUAAUGUCUUCCUAUACCAGACCAUACUCAUCUCAGCAGUCGUAUACUCCCUCUGCUCCAUCCCUUCCCGAGUAUGUUAACCAGCAGGACCACGCUUACAAUAGUUUUUCUCAUCCUCCUGAUGACAACAUGCGGCGGCAGCAGCAUCAACCACCGCCCGCUUAUGCGGCAGGAUAUGGGCAGGGUGAGCACUCACAUGGGUACUCUGGUUUUCCACCUGGAACGCAUCCAGACGUGAUUAGGAGCUUUCAGAUGGUAGAUAGAGACAGAAGUGGAUAUAUCGAUGAGAAUGAGUUGCAACAAGCUCUCUCUUCUGGGUAUCAGCGGUUCAAUAUCAGGACUAUUAGGCUCCUCAUGUCUCUCUUCAAGAAUCCACAUGAUCCUCUGCGAAUUGGGCCUAAAGAAUUUGUUGCUUUAUGGAGUUGUCUUGGUCAAUGGCGAACAAUAUUUGAGAGAUACGAUAAAGAUAGGAGUGGGAAAAUUGAUUUGUUUGAACUGAGGGAUGCUCUUUAUGGCAUUGGUUAUGCAAUCCCACCUUCUGUUCUUAAAGUUCUGAUCUCCAAAUAUGAUGAUGGAAGUGGCAGAAAGAUUGAACUCAACUUUGACAGUUUUGUUGAAUGCGGUAUGAUUAUUAAGGGUUUGACUGAGAAAUUUAAGCAAAAGGAUUCACGUUAUUCUGGUACAGCAACCUUCAAUUACGACGAGUUCAUGUGCAUGGUCAUUCCUUUUCUUGUAUCAUAUGAUUGAUUGUGAAACUUCUCAUGUUGUUGAUUUUUGUUUAAUCUUUUCUUCCCCCUCCCCAUUCUUUUUCCAAGAUUUGUAAUGGUUCAAUUAUUUGAUUUUUUUUUUUUUUUGGAAGAGAUUGUCCAGUGAGUUGCCUAGUUGGUUCAGCUGUUGGCGAUUCAACCAAUUAGUAGGAUAAUCUUUGUCUAUCAUUCUAUCAUUUUGAUUAAUGAAAAUUCUGAAAUCUCAUCAAGUUCUUGAGCAA